AUGGGUGUGGAUACCCAGCGUCCGCCCCUCCCGGCGCCUACCGAAACCUCAUUCGCCGACGACAGCAGCUUUCGAGCUGACGACCUCGCCACCGACGUGUCCCGCAGGACCGACCGCUCUCACUUUUCCAUACCUGACGACGGCAGCCCCGUCACCAUCGCCACCAAGGCCAAGGACAAGCUUGGCCACAGUCGACAACAGUCCCAGACCUCGCUUCUCAUUGAGUACUUCGAGGCAGGAAAGGCUGGCGACAAAGUUCGCUCGCGCCCGAGCGUUAGAGUAAGAGUCACGCCCUCGUCCAAGCACGGGCGGUCCAAGACUGGUCACGACCACGUCGAGAUCACCCAGACCGACAGAGAUCGGAAGCCCUCCUACACACGCAGAAUCUCGCUACCAUCGUCAAAGAGUGGAGAGCCCAAGCUUGGAGAGACGAGUGAAGUGUCCCUUUCUGAAGAGUCAAACGUGAGCGGUAUGCCCCCUGUAGACGUCGAAGUGCUCCACAACGGCAGCGACCUGUCUCGCUCGGAACUGUCUCAAAGCCGCUACAUGCCUGCCGGCUCCGACAUCUCAUCAAUGCCUCCGGAUAGUAUGGUGGAUGGUCCGCCUGCCAUUAUUCCUCCGACGCUUAGUCGCAGAAGGAGCCGGAGCUUGGAUCGCGAGAAGACCGUGUCCGAGGACAGUGGCAGGCUCAAGGCGCCGUCUCGACGCAGGAGCCGCAGCUUGAGCAGGGAGCGCAUCAUGACGCAAAAAAUCAUGGAAAAGCUUACCAAGGAACAAGCUGAGGCCGGCAAGCUGAAGCAUCGCCGCGAGAAGAGCUCCAGUCGGGAGAAACUAUCGGAAGGAAAGACGUCUUCCCGACGCAAGCCCUCUCGCUCGCGUCGCGAAGAAGCUCUGAUCAGCGGCACCGAAUCCAGCUUGCUCGCUUCUGAAGUUAGCCGCAGAUCCGGCGACACGCAGUCUAUGUUAUCGGGCAUGUCAACCACCUCCUCCUCCAUCAACAACCCCAAACUCCUCGCUACCGUAGAGGAUGCCAUCAAACGACUUAUUCUCCCCGAGAUCAAUGCCCUCAAAGAAACCCAGGGCCGCGACAAGUAUGAUCGUUUCACUCGAGAUUCCCUGUAUUCGAGCAGCUCGCGAGGAGAAUUGAAGAGAUCCGUCUCCAAAUCAUCCAGCGCGCCUAACGUCAAGGUAGUUCUGAACCGUGACGAGAAAGACCCAGGAACCGUGCUCUCUGGCGACUCGGUGCGGAGUAAGAGGUCAAGGAGACCCAGCCGAGACUCCGGUUCAGAAUUGAGCUACGACAGAUACGGUUCCGAGACCACGGUUCGAGAAGACGAGAGGCUACACAAGAAAAAGAGCAAGGACAAGCGCUUGAAGGAGGCUGCAGUUGUUGGCGCCGUCGGCGCUGGUCUCACAGCGGCGGCUCUCAAACACCAUGAUUCCGAAGCUAGUUUGGACACUAAGGAACGCCGGAAGAAACGCAGCAAAAGCAGGAGCCGGUCCGCGAGCAUUUCCGAGAGCAACAUUGAGGAGAGCCACAAGGGAUCAGUCCCACCACUGCCAUUGCAGAGCGAAUUCCGCGCCUCAGAAAUGACGCGCGAUUCCAUUCUUUCUGCUGACACCGAACGGCCCGAAUCCGCAAGAGGCGCAACGCCAAUUCGCGAGGUGUCACGAGGAACGCCUCGUCCGGUCAUGUCUCCGGCGCCUUCUACGCCCAGCAGAACUCCUGCAGCCUUGCGUCGUGGGCCUAACAGCAACAGCUCUCUAGGAGGACUCAGUGCUGCUGCGAGUGCAAGGAGCGAUAGGGAACCGUCAACCAGAGCAAAGGCUGCUGCGGCGCUUGCAGCGGCCGGAGUAGGUGGUGUUGCUGCGGCGUCAGUGCGCAGCAGUUCGCGGACUCCUACCCAUGAGUUUCGCCAAAGCGAUCUGAGCUACGAGGAUCGCAAGGACAACUCCCCUCACCGCCCCCGUUCGUCUCGAAGUGCCGCUUCCAUAUCGACAGCUGGUCACGAAGCACCAAAGAAGCUCUCAGAGGUAUCACUGAAUUCGGCUGCCAACUCACCCAGUACUAACGCCGCGCGGUCACGGAGAAGGUCCGAUGGUAUCCCCUCGGGCAGAAAGUCUGACGUUUCUGAAAUUGACCUCGUACAUGAGUCGGAGCUUUCCUACAACGAUGGCACUGCCACUCCACGAGGGCAAGAAGAUGCUGACAGGUUCUUUGACCAUGAACAUGAGGAGAACGAAGCGCUUCGCGCCGAAAUGGACAUCAAGCGUUUGACUGGCUACACCGAUGACAGCUUGGGUUCUUAUCCUCUGGAAUACAAGCGAUCGACGGCGUAUACGGAAGACAGCAUGGAUGGCCAUUACCGCGAUGAGAAUCCGGCAAGUUCUGAUGUUCAGGAAGUCGGCGGUAUGCAGUGGGGUGAUAGGUUUGGCGGAAGGGCAGACUUCGUCGCCACUCCAGCUGCAGUCGAGUCCGCUGUGGCUUCGUUGGUUGACCCUUCUACCGUCAGCACCAGCGUGCGCUCAUCCCAGAGAGACUCACGCCUUGGAGAAUUCAUCCACAUGCAUAUGGAAGAACCACACCAAUCCUCUGGCGAGGUGACUAUCACGGGCCAACCUGAAACCAGUGAAGAGCGAUGGGCUGCCCUUCGAGACCAAGCAAAGAAGAUCGAUCAGUACGAAGAUGAAGGUUCUCCCACUCACAGCGAGAUGCAAUCAUACCGGUCCGAGGACUCGCUCCGAAUGACGCACAAUGCGAUGCCCUUUGGUGAGCCCAUGCCAGAAAUUGGACAUGGAUUGGAUAACGAAUCCGAAGUCACGACGAAUCCAUCCGAAAUCCAGGGCCCUGCACGCACCCCUGACCGUUGGCCAUACGAGCCCACUCCACCCAUGUCUUCAAAUGGGCUACGCACUGGCGAAGCCUUGGCUGUUGGAGCCGCCGGUGCUGCAGCCGCGCAUAUGCUCCACGAUGAUCACGGAAGCGAAGUGUCGCAAGAUCGUCAUUUCCAGCCCAUGGUAGAAGACGAUUACGAGGAUUAUGGAGAGCCUUAUCCUCAGCACGAGGAGAGUUUCCCUCAGCAGCACAUGGGCCCCAACAGCCCAGGAAAUUGGAAGGACGAGGGUUACAUCUCGGCUGCUCAGCCCGGCUACACUCCCGAGCCUCAAGUGGACAACUCUAGGUUUUUCGAAGACGGUGGCCUGCCGGACAUGUCUGGCGAUCUGCUUGAGGACGAUUCAUUUGCUGUAGGCGGCAAUCCAAUGCACACCCGCAACUUCAGUGGGAACUCGCACGGCAUGGACUCGCCUCUGUAUGACAGCGCUACCGGCAAGGGGAUUGACAACAUCCAGUCAAAGGACAUUGUGGCUCUCAUGGACCAUCUCACCGUUCGCGAUGCCCAAAGAAAUGCGCGCGACACUGAAAUCUUGGUCACGCUCGUUCGGAGUGCCGCGGACAUGCGGAACUCGUUUGAAGAAAUGAAGAAGUUCAUCGCCGAGCAGGACAAGAUGAUAAUGGGCAACUCUGAUCGGGAUGCUGAAGUGGUUGUCCAAAGGCUUCUCCAGGGUCCGCGACCGCAGCCACCCAGCACGACUCGUUUGCGAGGGCGAUCAUCUGAGGAAGUUGACGACGGUUCCGCGAAGCGCAAGAACGUCUUCAAGAGAGCCCUCAAGGGCCUUAGCACGAAGAACACGAGCGAGUUGUCAAGGAUUGAAGACAUGCUCAUGCAACUUCUCGAUGAAGUCGAAGGGCUCCGAGACGGCCAAAACCUUGGGCCGCGGCCAUUGCUGAUGCAAAACAGCCAAGGUCAGAGCAUGACAUCCUAUGAGAACUUGCGUGCUGCCGGCGAUCCGGGGUACGAGCCGGAAGGUCGGGCCAACACUGCAUCUACACCUGACCAAUCCGGGACCUUUUCCAACCCUUCUUCUCGUCAAGUUGGCCGCCAUUCAGGAUACGAUGGACGCCGUGGGUCCGAACACCGCAUCAGCACGGUGUUGGAAGGGGACGAGGAACUGGACGAGCAUGAGGCUCGUCUCCUCGACCAUUCUUUUGCGAACAACGAUCGCCUGUUGACACCAACAGAGGAAGUGAGGCGCACGAGUUCCAUGCCACAGGAAAUAACGCCCCCAGGACAACGCGGGUUUGACGAAUCACCGAACCAGGAAGUCAACUCCAAGGCCAAGGCGAAGCACAAGUCCAACAGUUCCUCCAUUUUCGGCAUUCCAAAGAUCUCGCGCUGGUCCAAGACGACUGCCUCUACAGAGAAAGAGAGUGUUCGCAACGGCAAGAAGGGGAGGCCAUACUCGCAAGCGUCUCGCUCGGGCUCCAACCUCAACGUCAAUGAAUAUGGCGACUACGAUCUUCAGGAUGACGAUCGAAUCCGGUCGAGUACUUCGCUGACCGGUUAUCAUCAGCGUGCGCGCUCGUUCGACCAGGCUCGGUCGCCUUCUCCUCUCAUUCCGGACGACGAUGAUGAUAUGGACGGACCGAAGUAUCAAGCUCAUCGGAACUCAUUGAACCUGGAGCAUCCGCAGCCACGCCAGGGCCCGACCCAUCGCCACCAGACGCAUCUGGAAUCACAAGCCAUCGACUUCGAUGACCCUCACUCUCCUGACUUCGAUCAGUGGGGCUCCGCUCCAAGCCUUGCUCUGAACAGAAGCCGCUUUGGCGGAAACAAUGGCCAUAUGUCCCCGCUCUCGGAUGGUGGCUACUCAAACCAUUCUGCCUCCGAGCAAGUAAACGGUCGGCACAGAGACGAUGGCCCUCUUGUGCCACAGGUGCAGCAGCCUCCUCAGCAGCAGCGCAGCCUGCCUUUCGGAGCGAAGCAGAUGUACAGCAGCCCAUUGAGCUCGGGCCAGCUUCUGUCGCCACUUCCGCCUAUUGAGGAAGUUCGUUACAGCUUGGAGACGGACAGGCAUAGCCUGACACCUUCACCGAACCCUUCAAGCCAGAUGGGUGUGCGAAGCCCUGGGCGGAAGAUCACCGGCCCAAGGCCUAUGGGCUCAAAGAGCCCGCGCCCUAUGGAGCACUCGGACACUGUAGUAAGGAGGAAGCCUGUGCGCGAGCAGAGCCCUGCCCUCGAAUCCUACCGCGAUAGCUUUGACAGCUUCGACCGCGACACUUUCUAA